GGCAAAUUUGACCAGUUAGUCGGCAAAUGUAGACUCUUUCGAUAGGUUAGUCGAUAAUUUAAACAGUUAGUCGUGGAGUCAUGGAGUCUUUACUAAAAAUUUUCAAAAUAAGCAAAUAUUUAAAAAGAAAGGAAUCUUUGGUGCGCUUGUUUUCAGAUAAGGUUCCACAUGAUAAGAAGACAUUCUCAUCAUUUCUUACUGAUUCAUUUGGAAGAAGACACAAUUAUUUGAGAAUAUCACUGACUGAAAGGUGCAAUUUAAGAUGUGGUUAUUGCAUGCCAGAAGAAGGUGUCUUAUUAACAAACAAAGAUGAUCUUUUAACAAAUGAAGAAAUGAUAAGAUUAGCAAGAUUGUUUGUUUUUGAAGGUGUUAAUAAAAUUCGACUUACUGGUGGUGAACCACUUGUCAGAAAAGAUAUUGUUCAAAUUUGUGAUCAACUUAGCUCCUUAAAAGGACUUAAAACGCUCGCUAUUACAACCAAUGGAUUGGUUGCUGAGCAAAAGCUUUUAUAUCUAAAACAAGCAGGUUUAACAAAUGUCAAUAUUAGCCUAGAUACAAUGAUUGAAAAAAAAUUUGAAUUCAUUUCACGGAGAAAAGGAUUAACGAAGGUUUUUAAUGCAAUUGAAAAAGCUAUUGAAUUAAAGUUUAAUUCUGUUAAGAUAAACUGUGUAGUGAUGAAAGGUCUCAAUGAUGAUGAGUUGAUUGAAUUUGUAAACUUUACUCAAAACAAGCCAGUUGAUGUCCGUUUCAUUGAAUAUAUGCCAUUUGAUGGUAACAAAUGGGCCCCUGUUAAAUUUGUACCUUAUGGUGAAAUGUUAAAGUUAAUUUUUCAAAAGUUUCCAGAUAUUGUAAAAGUUGAAGAUGAUCCAAAUGAUACUGCUAAAACGUAUAAAGUUCCAGACUUUAAAGGUCGUUUUGGCUUUAUUACAUCAAUGAGCGAACAUUUUUGUGGAACAUGCAAUAGACUUCGUUUAACUGCUGACGGAAAUUUAAAAGUUUGUUUGUUUGGACCUAACGAAGUUUCUUUGCGCGACUUAAUAAGGUCCGGAGCAUCUGACACAGAUUUACUAAAUAUUAUAUCAAUUGCUGUUGGGAGUAAAAAAAAACAACAUGCAGUUGUGCGUUCCUACCCAAUUGUUUAUCAACCAAUUCCAUUACUUGGCAAUAUAAUUCAUAAUACAUCAAUAUUUUUUCGAAACAUUUCAGUGAGAUAUUUAUAUGUUUCCAGUAUUAACAGAAAACUAACGCACGUUACCAAAAAUGGCGAGGUUAUGAUGGUUGACACCAGUGAUAAGAUGUCAACUCGUCGUACAGCAUCGGCAUGUGGUCAGGUAAAAGUUAAUGUAGAAAUUAUGAAUCAAAUUAAAAAAAAUCUUUUGAAAAAAGGUGAUGUUUUAAACGUUGCUAAGAUAGCAGGAAUAAUGGCUGCAAAAAAAACACAAGAUCUAAUACCGUUGUGUCACAACAUCAAUCUAUCUAAAAUUGAUGUUAAUAUUUACUUGAUUGAAUCAGAGUCAGUCGUUAAAGUCGAAUGUUGCGUUUCUGCUGAAGGACAAACUGGAGUUGAAAUGGAAGCAUUAACGGCAGUGUCAAUUUCAUGCCUAACUAUUUACGAUAUGUGUAAAGCGUUAUCGCAUGACAUAGUUAUUCAAAGCAUUCUGCUUAACAGUAAAUGCGGUGGCAAAAAAAAUUUUAUCCGAUCAGUUUUAUGAUUUGGUAAUUUGUUCGCGUUUGUAUAUCUUGCUGAACAUUUUUAACGUUGAAUUUGAUUUACCACUUUAUAUUUUACUAUUUGCUUAUAUAAUUAUAUAUUGUUGUUGUUAUAGAAACGCCUCGAGAGUUAAAGUUUGUUUAUUUAUAAAGGGUGUGUACUGGAUUUGAUAUUAGACGAAUAUUGUUUUAAAAAAAAAGUGUACACUGUCCUCCAAAAUAUUAGCAACCAAAUGGAAAAAAUAUUUUUUCUUCAAAUAUUUUAAUUAUAACUUAAUUUACUGAACGCAGCAAUUUUUUUAAAAAAGACAUUAGUAAUACUACGGUUAAUAUAAGUAAUAUACGGUUAGUAUUUACGGUUAGUAUCUUCUCGGCAUAAGCACAAUGAGUUUAAUUUCUUUUUCUGGUGUAAUCUCAUUCUAGUUGGCUUCAAUAGCUUUAUCAGGGUUUUUGAAGGGUCUUAUGUAUUUUAAGGAAAGUUCAACUUGAUACCAUAAAUUUACAAUUGGGUUAUUUUAGAUUAGUUGAUCGAGUUGGGCAUUUCAUUAUUUUAAUUUGAUUCUUUUUAUAUCAUUUUUUUUACGAGUUUAGAGGUGUGUUUUAUGUCGUUGUAUAGUUGAAAUAUCCAUAUAAAGGCAUGUUUUUAUCAGCAUGAGAAACCAUUUUUUUCUAUGAGAUCUAUCACAAUAAAAAAAUUUAUCUAUAAUGCUAUUUGUUCGACGGAUACGUCCAAUUUCGGUAAAACUAGAAAAACAACCCCAAACCACUUUUUCCACCACCAUAUUAUAUGUACUGUCAAAUUUAUAAUAUAUUUAGUGAUUAUAUAUUCUCGGUAUAUAUUUAUUGUAUAUAAUAUAUAGAUGUUUUUAUUGUAGAAGAAAAUAGAAUUUUGUUAA